AUGGUCGCGGAGCCGACUGGUCAUCGCAGCCGGCGCGGCUACGAGAUCUCGGACGCCCAGGUCGUCGCCGUCAAGGCCGCCCUCCAAGUCAUCGACAGUGCACCGUCAGCCAGUGCGCCGUACAUCGAGGGCGAUGGAGACGACGCCGACGCGUCGUGGGGGCCUGUCGUCGUGUGCCCUGUCGUGUCGCAAGCCGGCUUCAAGCGGUGGCUCGAAGCCCACGACGGUGUGCUGCGGCGGUGGACCUUCGAGCCCUUUGCCGACGACUCCGGCAACGGCCGUCUUCUCGUCUACAGCCUCCCGACGUUCGUGCACGAGAGAACGGCUUGCCGUAUCGGCAACUACGCCAAGACACGUGUGAUGCGCAUCGGCAACAACAUGGACCUCAUUGAAACCCUCGAGGGAGCGGGCAACCCCACGUGCUACAUCAACGGCGUCGGGUACGAACCCGACUUUACGCUGACGCCCGUUGGGCUCGUCGUUGGAGGUGAUGUGUUCGCAGCUGCCGGCCGCAGUCCAUUCCCCAACUUCGUCGUCGAGAUUGCGCUCAAGAACGAGAGCCUCCCGCGCCUCAACGCCAAGCUUCACCAGUGGAUUGGACCGGCCACGUCGGUGCAAGUGGCCAUCGGCGUCAAGAUCUUUGCCAGCACCCGCCGCCUGGCCAUCAUGCACCUCCGCAACAUGCCGACGAUCACCCGCGAGUUCGGCAUCGCUCGCGCCCAACCGCCUCGUCGCGCACCAGCCGCGCCCCCAGCCUUCGGGUUCCCGAUCCACAUGUUGUACCACGGCGUCCCGCUGCCGGCGGCUUUAGUUGGCCACGAAAACGACUUGAUCGACCGCGCCCGGACGGAUAUCGCGCCGGCCAUCAACGGCGGCACGUGCCAGCUCACAGACACGGACUCCACGUGCACGCAGAACUGCGCAGUCAGCGACUGGAGCGUCCCUGGCGAGUGCAUUCUCAGCGGUGCUUAUGCCGGCAAGCAGCGCUCGACGCGCACCGUCACGAAGAAGCAGUGCAACGGCGGCGCUAGCUGUCCCGACAACCUCGAGGGCUUCACCGACUGCGACGUCGACUGCGACCUCAGCGACUGGUCCGAGUGGAGCUCGUGCGACUUGAAGACGCAGCAGCAAACGCGCACGCGCUCAGUGUUUCAGCAAGCGUACAACGGCGGUGCGGCGUGCGAUACGCUCGUCGACUACCAGGGCUGCGGCUCGUGCGCCGACAUCGUCUCGGACUUUACAUACUCGGAGUGUGACGCGACAACGGGUCUUCGCACCGGCACGGCGACGUACUUGUACCCGCCCCAGAACGGCCUCACGUGCAACCUCGUCGUGCAAGACACGUGCUCGGGCGAACUCGCGGGCAAGGUCGUCUCGACCCGCUCGAUCCUUACGCCGCCGCUCAACGGUGGCCGUCAGUGUGAAGACUUUUCCAAGCACGACACGUGCGUCGUCGACUGCUUGCCGGGUGAUACCUGGGGCGCGUGGUCGGACUGCAGCGCGCAGGGCUUCUCGCGCCGCACCAUCAACAUCGACUACCCAGCGCAGAACGGCGGCCGCAACGACGAGUGCUUGGUCGAAGAGCAAAAGACGUGCUCCGUCGACUGCGCCAUCGACCCCGCCUCGGGCGAGAUCACGCAGCCGUCGCUCAACGGCCGUGCGACGUGCCAGGAGUUUGCCACCGCCCACGAUAUCGACGGCAACUACCCCGAGUACUCGACCACGUCCAGCAUCUCGUUCAUGACCAUGCUCGCCAGCAACAAGUCGUACGCCCUCGCGGCCGCAGCCUCGGGCGGCGGUCGUCACGGCUACAACUCGAUCUCGCGCCAGGCCGUGUAA